AUGAAACUCUCGCUGUCGUUCGUCGCUUUCGCAAGUGCAACCAGCUUUAAGGAGCUGUACACGAAUAAAGUGCAGCGAAAUAUCGUCGGAGAAUGGGUUGAUAAAAACCUGUCCGGCGGACGACACAGACGACAAACUGAUGCCUCGAAGUUUACUCCACUGGCAGCGAUGAUCGCUUAUAUGCAAGGCGAAGGAGAAGUAAGCCAGAACCCUCUCGAUCAAAACAUGGACGAGACUCUUCAAGCUAUCGAAGCGAAAUACACGAAUUAUGGAUGCUACUGCUGGAGAAACGGGGUCAAGAGCUUGGAAGACUUCACAGCAGGCUCGGGAAAUGCAGAUAUGAUUGAUACAGCUUGUACUACACUUUAUAGAUGUUACACGUGCAUCGGAAUGGAUUACGGAAAAACAUACAAAGAUUUGGAGUACACGGCUGUCUUCACGACUGACGCUGACGGAAACAGGAAAAUCGACUGCACUGGUAACGCUCAAAGCGAUGGCGAGCAUGUUUGUCAAUGCGACGCUAAGUUUGCCGAAACUUUGGAAUUCAACCGCCAGCAGUGCCAGGCUGGUAUUGCCCACCAGAGUGGCAAAGGAUACUGUGUGGAUGAGCAGUAUCGAACAUCAACUGGCGGCGGAAGCUAUGAAUGUCCAAAACUUGCGCCUCGAAAUAUUGUUAAAGAGAAGUGUUGCGGUCUUUACCCGAAUAGGCGAAGUUAUUCUAUUGACAAGCAAUGCUGCCGGAUGAGCGCCUUUGAUGGCGAGGGAAAUCCAUUCGACGUUUUUGAAAUUAAGGCAAGCGGAACUUGCUCUGGAACAGUGGUGGAGAGCGAAGACGGAAACCCACAUAACUAUAUCGCUGUUUAG